AGCCAACGGUUACAACGGCUGGGACAACUUUGUUUUAAGACAAAUUGUCAACAUUUUUCGAGCAUCAUGGCGACAAAUAUGAGCAAAAACUCAUUAUUCAUGCGUGUAUUCUAUUCUUAGUUCAGGAAAAAUCAUGUUAGCUGUAAAAAAAAAAAAAAACGGACACAAACGGAAUGCUAGUUUAUUAGCUAGGUUUGAACCCAAUUAAAGGGUCGUGGUGGAAUCUGAAAUGUCUUUUUAGCUGUGGUUUCUGAAGUGUUCUCCACUUUGAAGGACAAAAGCUGAAUGUGUACACCUGUUCUGCCUCGUGAGGCUGUGAGGGAGAUGUGGCUCUGCGUGGCCCUGCUGCUGUGGAUGGGCUCAGCAGGAUGUUCUGAGAAGUCCAACACCUCUCAGCACAUUGAAUGCACCUCUGCAGACUUCUACCACGGACUGCAUGCUGGGAAAAUCAUGUUCAUCUAUUUCCAGCACCAAGACUCUCCCACCAUCGCUCUGUUCCUGAAGGAGCUGGAGAAGUCUGCCGAGGCUCUGCAGGAUUUUGGGGUUCUGGUUGGAAAGGUCAGCUGUGAGAAGGAGCCUGUUCCUAAAUACUGCUCAGAGGAAAACCUUCGACACACAGCUUUCCUGUUCAGAGGCGGGAGGGAGUUCUCCAGCUUCGACCUGGACACGGUGUUCGACGUGAACUCCAUCGUCUCUGAAGUCCUGUUCGCCAUCCUGCGGGAGGAGGUGAGGUACGUGCACACGGAGGCCGACCUGCUGGUUCUGGAGAAGGCCUCCCGGGGGGGCAGGGACCUGGUUCUGGGCUACGUCCGCAGCCUGGGGACUAGAGAGCACAGGUCCCUGAUGGAGGCCGCCUACGUGUACGGGUCCAGAUACCAGUUCAUCCUCAGCACCGGGGGGCCGGUUCUGAAGCAGCUGGGGGUGAACGAUUCGUCCCCGGGGUCGCGGGUUUGGUUCCUGCACUGCAGAGCGGCGGGGGGGCACCUGGCCCCGCCCCCCCCCGAGCGCUGCCCAAUGACCCGCAUGCGGAGGCCGCUCUGCACCCUGCAGCUGCACGCCUUCCUGCAGCUCAUGGAGGCGCCACUGGUGUCCGAGGUGCAUGUGGAGCCCUCCUCAGUGCCCCCCCCUCCGUUCCCCUACCAGCUCACCCCCCAGGUGUUCCUGUUUUCUGGCCCCGCCACGCAGCACCUGGACCGGGACGCGGCCUCCACACUGGCCUGGAGCCUCCGGGGGCUGGCCCUGCUUCUGCUGGUGCACAGCUCCGAGGUGAGGUACCUGACCCUGCACAGCCCGGAGCAGCUACUGGAGCUGCUCACCUCCUCAGAGGAGCCGGAGCAGGAGGAGGAGCAGGAGCAGGAGGAGGCGCACGCUGGCAGUCUGGACGAUGAGGUCUCUGCGUCUGUUUGGGAGAGCGGCGGGCUUCUGGACCUGGACCUGGACUUCCUGACCCCCCUGACCCCCGACAGCCUCGGGGCCGCAGUGGCACAAAGCAGCCUCACGGCGGCGCUGUUCUACCUGAGAUGGGACGCCGUGUCGGCCGCCGCCCUCCGAUCCUUCAUCCAGGUGGCCCACAGACUCUCAGAUUCCGGGGUGGAGGACGUCCUGAUGGGCGCGGUGGACUGUGGCGAGUGGACCGACCUGUGUGCCGCCGAGCAAGGCACAGGGGCGCCCUUCCAGCCAAUCACAGCCUUCCCCAGCCUCCUGCUGCUCCGCCCCCAGGAGCCGGCCCAGCUGUACCGAGGCAUGCUGGGUAGUGAGGCCCUGCUCCGCUUCAUCCUGAUGAGCCGUGCAGCUGCCCCUGCGCUGCUCUCCAGCCAGCAGGAAGUGACAUCAUUCCUGCAGGAAGUGCCCCCCCCCCGGGCUGGUGGCACACAGACCCGACCGGGUCCUGGGGCUGUUCCCAACCAGCACACACCCGGGUUUCUCCGUAGACAUGGGCGGCAGAGCAUGCUGUGGACCCCCCCGCUGUGCUGGUGUUCCCGGCCUGGAGGGCGCGGGCCCCCCCCCACCCCGCUGCCCCCCUGGUCCUCCCUAAAGGAGCUGCUAGACCACAUCCGGGCCGCCCUGCUGCCCCCGGUGCCUGAGCUGACGGUGGACAGCCUGCCCUCCAUUUUUUCUCUGGGGAAAGCCCUGCUGCUGCUCUUCCUGGGGGAGGAGGAGGACGAACCGGGCCGGAGGCAGAACCGGGCCCUGCUGCAGGAGAUGGGGGGGCUGCUGGAGCUGGGGGGUCCCCACCUGGAGCACCUGCUGCCCUGCUGGAUACACCUGGGCCGGACCCCGGUAGGCCUGGUGGUUCUGGGCUCUUACCUGGGCUCCAUGCCCCCGCUGCCCGCCCUGCUCCUCACACACCUGCCCUCUGGACCCGAGGUCUACAGGUACCCCCCCGACGCCCCCCUGGAGGCCCCGGCCGUGCUGCUCUGGCUGCAGCGGGUGGAGCAGGGCGCCGAGAGCCCCGCAGGAAAGCUGAACGAGGACAACUGGCCACCGACCGGCCAGUUCCUGGACUUCCUGAAGAUCAUGGAUGGCCAGCAGGAGGAAGAGGAGGAGGAACAGGAGGAACAGGAGGAACAGGAGGAAGAGGAGGAGGAGGACCUGACAGAGGAGCAUCUUCACCUCCACUCUGAGCUCUAA